GGCAACAAAAUGUAUCACCGAAAUUUGGCCCAUUUGAAUCCGUACGAACUGCACAAACAUCUGAUCAAUGAGUACAUGCUGACAAAGCCAGGUGCCACCAAGCUGCUGCAGCGUGAUACUUCCCGCGAUAAAACCGAUCACGACGUUGUACGCGAAAACCAUCGCUUUCUGUGGGAUGACGAAACGGUGGACAGUUGGGAGAAGCAGCUGGCCAAAAAGUAUUACGACAAACUGUUCAAAGAGUACUGCAUUUCCGAUCUUAGCCGGUACAAAGAGAACAAGGUUGCGAUGCGAUGGAGAAUCGAGAAGGAGGUGGUCGUUGGCAAAGGACAGUUCGUAUGCGGCGAUCGGCACUGUGAGGAGCGGAACGAGCUGCGCAGUUGGGAGGUCAACUUUGGCUACCUGGAGCAUGGCCAGAAAAAGAAUGCUCUGGUCAAAUUGCGCUUGUGUCCUAAGUGUUCUGAUAAGCUAAAUUAUCACUCUAAAAAACGAGAAAUUAAACGACUCAAGAAGCGCGAUCGUAAAACGAAACCUUCUACUAGUAAACGGAUUUGCGAUGAAGCUCCAGCUACUACUAGCACCGGUGCCAGAGCAAUUUCGGAAGACAAAAAAGCCGAGACGACGAGCCAAAGUACGGAAGCUGACAAUUUGUCGCAAACGGGAGAUGAAAAAGACGGAUCUUCCGCACCGGAAGUUGUCGAAGGAAGUUGGAGCAAAGGGAAUGAAGCGGAAGAAAAAACACGUGAAGAAGAAUUUGACGAAUUUUUGGAGGAUCUCUUGCUGUGA